AUGGGUAGCCUCUCCAGAGAAGUCGACGACUGCAUUCAGGAACCCAACCUCCACCCCAAGAGAAGGCCACUCACUGCUGCUCAACGAGGAGUGGCAGCAGCCAGCAGCAGCGAUCAGUUCAAGACCAAGAGCGUCAAGUACAAGCCAAAGACCCGACGAUGGCACCCCGAUGGAACCAGCGUUUACGACCUCUCCGUUGCGUUGAGUUAUGGCCAGGGCUACGGCUCGGCCCAGUUCAUGCGAUGGAUCACGGAGCACACGGAAAUGAUCCACGACCCGCCUCACGCUGACUGGCAAUGUUCCACGACCAUUGGCAACACAUCGGCUCUGGACAUGUGCCUGAGGAUGCUGACAGAGCCCGGGGACUACGUCCUGGCCGACAAGUACACCUUUUCUACCGCUAUUGAGACCGCUGUGCCGAUAGGAAUCAAGUUUGUUGGGGUUGACAUGGACCAUGAGGGCAUGCUUCCCGACAGCCUCGACGACAUACUCGACAACUGGGAUCCUGCGGCGCACAAGGGCGCCAGGAAGCCAUCGGUUCUGUACGCGAUUUCGACUGGCCAGAAACUCACUGGCACCACUCAGAGCCUUCAACGCCGCAGGGCAACCUACCGAGUAGCCCAAAAGCACGACUUGAUUAUACUGGAGGACGACCCCUACUAUUUCCUGCAGAUGGACGCCUACACUUCCCCUGAUCAGGACGGUCCGAUUGCUUUCGAGAUCCAGUCACCUACGGAGUUUCUCAAGAGGCUCAUUCCUUCAUAUCUCCGGAUGGAUAUCGACGGGCGAGUCAUUCUCAUGGACUCCUUCAGCAAAGUCAUCGGCCCUGGAGCCCGCUUGGGCUGGAUCACGGCACCAGAGCAGCUGAUUGAGCGGUACAAGCACCAUACCGACGUGUCAACCCAAAGCCCUGCAGGCCUGAGCCAGCUGGCAAUCUUCAAGCUCGUUGAUGAGCACUGGGGCCACGAGGGCUACAUCAAGUGGCUGAAGCACCUGCGCAGCGAGUACACUAUGAGAAGGGAUUUCCUUAUCUCGGCAUGUGAGCGCCAUUUGCCGAAGCAAGUUGUUAGUUGGGAGCCAACCGAGGCUGGCAUGAUUACGGCCGACGCCCUGGAGGGGGAAAUCUGGCUGGAAAGCAUCUCUACAGGAGCCUUGGUUGGCCGCGGCUGCUGGUUCCGCGCGUCAUCGGAUGUGGCCCAUGACGAAGUCUUCUAUCGAACCACUUUUGCGGCGGCCCCGCUACCCAAGAUUGAAGAAGCCGUGAAGCGGUUUGGUGAAACCAUACGGAAGAUGUUUGAGCUCAAGGAAGAGAGCUGA